CCAAACUUCAUAUUCCACUUGCAUUACCUAUUCACCUCAUAGUCACAAAAAUUAGAAGAAAAAACAUAAACAAACAAAAAACAUUUCACUCUUCCUAACCUUAUCACCUCCCUUAUGUCAUUUCUAAGGCCAUGAAAAAACAAACCAUUUUCAGUGUCACAUGACACCAUGAAGAAGAAGCAACAUCAACAUAACCAAGAUUUAGAGCUGUUGAAAGCAGUUGCACAAGCUUGGUACAAUCACUCCGGAAGUGUUAAACCUUUGAGUGAAUUCGACGCGCGACGAAGAAAUUUCAAAGGUAGGCCUUCAAGGUUUAAGCUUGAAACAUUAACAAAAUCAUCGUCAACAAAGGACACAAGCACUUCAACUUAUUCUUGUGACUUUCGACACUCACUUUGGGAUCCUUAUGAGCUUGUAACGGUUUCGAGAAGGAUUGAAACAGGGCUGGCUUUGGAUAAUCCAUUUGAUGAUUUUUGUGUUUCUACAUCGGUUCAAUUGAAAGGUAAGAGGGAGAGUAAGAAUAGUCUUAGGAAUCUCUUUAAUAAUAUGUCUUCUAGGAGAUUUAAUGUCCCCAAUUUUUCUACUGAAAAAUGAUGCUACAUGAUUUUCUUCUUCUUUUACCUCAUAAUACUAACUAUACAAUGUGUUUGUUUAUACUUUAUACUAGGCUAUUGUGUUUUGUUGUAUAUAAGUUUUAUUAUAAUUCAUUGUUUAUA